GGCGUCGAUAAGCACAUCAUCACCGACCUUGAAUGGGUGAUCCAUCCUCGAUCGGUUCGCACGUGCCGCCAUGCGAGUCUGGGAAGCGGCUAUGUGCUCAUGUGCGGUCUUCAUAAUCGACGUCAUGUGUGCAACCCAAUCAUCCAGCGCGAGACAACUCGUGUCAGGGUGCAUCUGGGACGGUCGAAGGAAGUUCGCGGGAACACGAGGGUGAUAGCCGAGGUCGCAAUAGGAAGGCGACAUCCCCGUGGCUGGCGAGACGGCAUGGUUGUAGGCUAUCUCCGCGUGGGCAAGAUGAAGAUCCCACUGCUGGUCGUCACGAAUAAUCUUUUGAAGAAUAUCUCCAAGAGUCCUGUUCGUGAUCUCGGUCUGACCAUCAGUCUGAGGAUGGUAAGACGAGGAGAAGCGGAGCUGAGUGCCGUAUACCUCGUGGAGUCAUCGCCAAAAUCGGCUGGUAAAGCGCGGGUCACAGUCAGAUAUGAUGCUCAGAGGUCAGCCGUAUAUCGUGCGAGUUCCUCGGCGUCAGCGUCAGCGCCCGACGGCGGGGUGGACUCGACGGACGGCGGAGGGAUGGAAGUAGAGAUGGGAGCCAUGGAGAUAGAGGGAGGAUCUGGCUCCAGAGGGAUGAGCUCGGCGUCGGGACAGGGUGGAUCAUAGUGUAAGAGAUCCGUCACGUCCACCAUAAAGAAGAUGACGUCGUCCUCUCAAAUGAAGUGAGCGAACUGUC